CUUGCUUGACAGUUACGUACCAUUUGACACAUAACAAAUUGAAAGCUUUGGUCAGUUCUAUGCGAUUGAAUAGUUUUGUGAAUUUCGUAAAUUCGCAACAAUUUAAAAGUUUUCAUAAUAUUAUCAAAUUACCAGUUCUUUUUGACAUGUCCGCAUUGAAUUUCGCAAUAAUAAAAUGUUGGACCAAUUCGGUUUGAUGAAGAUUUUGUCUACUAUUAUUGCGUUAUCGUACCUUGUUUGUUAUCUUCAAGCAGAGGAUGUUCCACUACAGCUACCGCACUGCAAUCUUUCGAAGACUAAGGGAUCAAGCUUAAACAAUUAUGUAAUGGUGAGCACUUUGGAUGGUCGCCUUACUGCAUUUAAUCUGGAAAAUGGCACCAAAGCUUGGGUUGUUGAGACUCCACCAUUGCUGUCCUCAAACUUGGCUAGCAGUGAGUUUAGUGGUGAAAAUAGAGUGAAAUUAGUGCCUUCACUAAGAGGCAGCUUGUACACUGUACAUGGAUCAAAGAUCAAACGUUUACCAUUCAAUAUACAUCAACUAUUGUCUGAAUCAUUUACCGAGUCUAACAAUCUCAUCACUGCUGGCGGACAUGACAUACUACGGAUAGGCAUAGACACAAAAACAGGUCGUAUUAUAUACAAAUGUAACUCUAAUGGAUGCAACAAUGAACAGCAAACCACAGAGACUGGAGGAGAUGUACUGGUACUGACUCGGCAAGCCACUGCUAUCAGAGGCCUAGACCCUAGAACAGGCAUUGAGAAAUGGAAUUUUAGCACUGCCGCACAUGAAUUGCAGAUAAGCCGUGGAGAGUGUAUUGGGGAUAGGAUUGUAACCGAAUCCCCAGUGAAUAUGCACGUAUCAAUGCAUAACCAGCUGGUUACUGUCUUAAGCGGAGAUCUAAAUAAGCCGCUGUGGGAACAUAAAUUAGACGCGCCAAUAACGGAUGUAUGGGAACUUUACGACGGUAACCUGCGAAAUAGCCUGUGGCAGGAUUCUCGCUCUAGCAAUAUUAUGGGACAAAUGCUCUACGUGGGUGAUCAUCAAGAACAGUUGUAUAUUUUGGAUGAAUUUGAUCACUCUCAAAAGGACCGGAGCUUGAUGGUGGUGCCAUAUCAAUCGAGGAAGCGUUUCAUCAUUCUCGACAAAGAGAACGUGUACCUGCCUUUAUCGGACAAGUCUACGUACAUUCCGUUCCACGAGGCGGAGGACUCCAACGCCACCGAGGUCAGCGACAAGGUGAAGAAGGUGCGGUCGUGGUUAUUCGACAUCCUCACGUGCUUCACGCUGGCUUUGGCGUUAGUCUUGUUAAUAUUCCCUUUCUAUGCGAGGAUCCGAGUUAUGAUAAUGAACGUCCCGCAAACUACGGUCAAUGUAGUCUUCAACGAGGACAUACCAUCGGAGAAGGAGCUCGAAGCGAAAAGACCAUCGAACCCCGAGUAUCCCGGACGAUAUGAGAAGGACUUCACGACCGUGAGGCGCCUGGGGAGGGGCGGCUUCGGGGUCGUCUUCGAGGCGAGGAACAACAUCGACAACUGUUCGUAUGCCGUCAAGAGGAUCACUCUGCCGAGGAAGAAGGAGCGGCACGAGCGCGUGCUGCGGGAGGCGCGCGCGCUCGCCAACCUCGAGCACCCGCACAUUGUGCGAUACUUCAACGCCUGGGUGCAGCCCUGCCUCGCCAGCCACAGGUCGUCCGAUUGCGAGGCGAACUCAAUAAGUACGACGUGCAACACGCUCAGCCCUAAGGACGCGUCCGUCGAGCUCAAAAGUACCGCCAGCGACAACAGCUCCUUCGUUGUGUUCGCGCGCUCCGAGGGCGAAGCCCCACCGGACGGCGCCACCGGGCCCGCGCCUGAGCGUAACGACUCCACCGACAAGACGAGAGCCUCGUCCAAACGCGAGUCGAAGGACGACUUGGCUUCAUCGAUGCGGAAGUCGCAAGGUGACGUGACGUCAUCCACAGAGCAGACGGACUGCGGGCUGCGGCUGGAGCUCUACAUACAGAUGCAGCUCUGCGACCCGAACAGCCUCUACGACUGGCUGCGGAACAACCGCGACUGCCCCGACCGAUACCAGCGGGCGAAAGUGAUAUUCGGUCAGAUCGUGUCUGCGGUCGAGUACGUCCACCUUGAGGGGCUGAUCCACCGCGACCUCAAGCCCAGCAACAUCAUGUUCGCGCCCAACGGCCAGGUCAAGGUGGCGGACUUCGGGCUCGUCGCGUACAUGCACGACGCGCCCGCACUCUGCGGCGCCGCCCGCACGCCGCGCGCGCACCCGCAGCUCACGCACAGAGUCGGCACGGAAGUGUACAUGUCGCCGGAGCAGCUGCAGCGGCGCCCGUACAGCUACAAGGUGGACAUAUACUCGCUCGGCCUCAUCCUGCUCGAGCUGCUGCAGCCCUUCGGCACGGAGGCGGAGCGCGCCGCCUGCCUCACCAGGGUCCGGGACCAAGUCUACCCGGACAGCUUCGAACAUAAAUACCCUAAAGAGACCGCAGUCCUGAAGCUGAUGCUGAACCCGGACCCGCUGCUGCGGCCGACCGCCAGCGGAGUCCGGGCCCGCGCCCCGCUGUUCGAGGCCACAGACGAGAAGUACCACUUCGAGCUGCCGCCGCGAAACUGAACCCGGAAACGAACUGACCGCGAUAAAGGGAGGGGAGCUCGUCUCUACUGGCUGAAGCUUCUGCGCUCUUUCACAUUCAGAAAAUAACUUGGCGAGUACUAUCCUGCUCUGAUAUGAGCUCCACUCCUUAGCUUACCGAGCACCUAUGUCUUCUUUCAAAGAGAUUUGAAGAGUCUACCGCGAAAGUUCUUGUUCAUGAACGAUAAUAACUCCUAACAAUCAGUAUCUGUCGUAGGGUUGUCAACCAAAUGCUUAAAUAAAUAUUAUAUUAUAGAUACGUAUGCAACUGUGACAUAACAUAUUUAAGGUAUGUUAUGAUUGGAAAUGAUUUUUUAAAUUCUGUAAAUAUUUUUGUACAAUAUAUAUAUUUUUUUAAUAUUAAUGUUUUUUAUUAGGGUUUCGGAGCUAAAACGCAAAAAAAAAGCCCGAUAAUCCUUACGAGGUCAUCGUGCCUGUUUGUCCGUAUGUCACAACGACGUUACUUGAACACUCUGGAUUAAUUAUAGAUGAAAUUUAGAGGGUAGAUGUUGUAUAUACGCAUAUGAAAACAAAUAAAAUCCUAUUUCGACUCAGUACUGUGCUUGUUGCAUAUAAGCAACGCUUAGUCACACAACACAGAUAUUUGUAAAACUUGAAAUACCUAAGCUGUCUUACUUUUUAGCUGUCGACGGAAAAAUAUGAAAUGCCUUAAAUAAACAAUAUAAGAAUAAAUAACAAUAAAUAAUACCAAUUCGGUUAUGGCUGAAAAAUAGUUGCGCAGGACGAAAA